GAUAUUUGAUAUUUGAUCUGAACCUAUUUUUUUAACUUGACAAGAUAAUCUCGCUUUUACACGCUUUGACAGGAGUAACGAUAGAUUCACUCAAAUUCUUUCUCGCCCAAUGGGCAUACGAUAGCUAUUCAUGGACUUCCGAUAGAUUCCUUUGAGCGUCAUAUUGUUUUCUACGGUCCGCGCAUUAAAAUUUCAACUAGCGCCAGGUUAGCGCCAUGGACUCUUUUCCUUCCAACAACAGCAACCCGCUCGAGCUACCCUCUUCUUCAAACGGAAGGGUAUCUGGGAAGAGCUGGAAGACGGCCAGAUCUGCCACUGUUCGGUCUCGUUUGCCGGAUGGUGUCAAAACAAAGAGCUGGGCAGCUCGCAUGGAGCAGACAAAGAGAUCUCUUGCCAUCAAGAAGGUAGAAAAGGAAUUAAAAGACGAGAAAGUUGCUGAGGUUACUCGACGCAGGGAAGUGACUUUAGAAAGACGAAGAGCGGCAGAAGAGAAACGUAGAUUAGAGGAGGAUAAAGCUAAGAUGGGCGCUCGUAAAGCCGCAAGAAUACGGAGAAAAGCCGGCAGGACGAAGAAAAUCAACGGCUAAUCUUUGUUCGAAGCUCCAUUCCGUUACCCAUGUACCAUUAGGCUAUCAUA